UGGAUGUUCUAUUCUCUGAUAUCGUGCGCAUUGAAAUUCUUCUCUCUCUCUCUCGCUCUCUCACACUCUUGUUUUCUUUUGUGAGCUGUGAAGACUCUCUUUGAUAUCCAGAUCGAGAUGGACGCAGAUAUUCAGAACCCAUCUCAAUUAAACAGAUUCCUUGCCGAUGGAAUGCACAAGACCGAAAUUGUUGAAUGGAACAAGAAAAGAAAAUCACAGAGUGAUCAAAUGGAUUUGCUUAGACCAAAGCAUAAAUGCUGGGUUGGGAAUUCGUCUACCGAACAUGCUUUAAUGUUUGAUGAAAAUCCAGUGUUAGAGAGCAUGCACAUUUAUGUUGUUAAGGGCAGAACAGAUGCAACACUACUUGGGGAUAGUUCAGAACGUGAAUCUGCCAAAGAUAGCAAUAGUUUUGCUGAAGAUUCAAAUACUGCCAUGUCUGUAAAUGAAGAAGGCAAACUUGAGGCUGAUUCUGCAAAGACAAAUGGGAGGUCUUUCACUUCUUUUGUUGAUUGGGAUGGCUAUAAUGUUAAGGAUAACCACUGCUCUUUUGACGUGUCAGCAGUUGAGAAGGUAUGCUCUAGUGAAGAAGAUGCAUUUGUUGACAAUGAAUUGAAUCCAUCUUAUCAUUAUACUGAUUUACGUUCUUUGAAGAAACUUGAGGAGCACUUUCUGGGUUUAGGUAGCCGUACAGAUCACAUGGACUCAGAAUAUGCUAAAGACAGCUUUGAGGAGUCCAUGGAUAAGGAUUUUGAGGACAUUCUUUAUUCUAAAGGGGAAAAUCCUAACAUGUAUGUUCUUUCAUCUGGAAGAUGGGACGUAAACCAAGAGGCUCAAUCAAGCACUAGGACACCAACAAUUGAUCAAGAAUUUGAGCAGUACUUUUCCAUGCUUAUGCUUUAGCCAGAUCACUAACAGAGGAGGUAGAUGUAUAUACUUUUGAAAAUGGCUGUUGUAUAUAUUGCUUGUAUGAAGAUUUACGUAACUUGUUAUUCUGAUGACUUUAUAGCAUCUUCAGAAGGUAAUAUGAGGUAUCUUUU